AUGGGUUGGGUCGGCGUGGGUGUACUUAUCGCAACUACAGGCUACUUUCUCUACCGAUACCCUCCUCGCAGCUGGACGGAGCCUCGUUCUUUUGCCCCUUCGGAACCCACCCCCGACGCGCCGCCCGCUGAUAAAGCCACAAACGACUCCGUGCAGGAGAAACAUGGCUUAGAGCCCUCAACGCCAUCAAUAGAGACCGAGGAGGAGGAUUUACAGGCCACGCCCAAGGCCUCGGCUUCGAGCGCACCGAUUUCCGCCCGUGCGGUCCCCACCUUCAACCUCGACAGCGGCGAGAGCGAGCCAUCGCAACCCGCCAAGAUGCCAUUCCUCUCACAAACGACAAAAGGGACAGCAGCGCAGUCACCAGCGACAGACCGCAACGAUGAGGCAUCAAAGUCUCAGCCAUCCCCGCAGCCAUCCCUCGCGCCACCUCCAAAGCCACAACAAUUUACCUCGUCCUCGACCAACAACCCAAGCCAACCGCCUCUCCCCAACAAGCACACUCCAACCCCCCAGACUCAGCGGCAACUCUCUCGGCCCGCCACCGUCAGCAGCAGCCUCUCAACGCGGCCUGGCCGCGCCGAGCAGCAGCAGCCGUCUCACCAGCAGCACGCUAUCCCCGACCCAAGUAUCUCUCAAGAAAUCCUCGGCUCGGGUGAUUCUUGCACCCGGAUUUUCCCCCUCGACUGGGCACAGCUAGCAGCAAACCCGAAGAACAACCUCCGCGGCGAAGGUCUGCCCCCAGGCCUGCUGCGAGUCACACCGUCAAUGCUGAAAGAGCAACAUGGGCGCAAGGGACGGGAUGCAUGGACCUCGUAUCAUGGGAAGGUAUACAAUAUAUCACCGUAUGCCCCUUACCAUCCAGGCGGGAAGGGCGAGCUCCUCCGCGGCGCAGGGAAGGAUUCUGCACAGCUGUUCCAGGAGAUUCACCCGUGGGUUAAUUGGGAGGGUAUUCUCGGCGAGUGUUUAGUCGGGAUUCUAGUUUCGGAACAUGAUGUUCAGACUGAGAAUGCCCUGGACGCGAUGGACUGA